GGUGAGAGCCUGUCUGUGGAUUUCAUGGACACACUGGUCACCAGCAAGAGCGGAAUGCGAUAUGUCUACGUCAUUGUGGAUAGGUUUAGUAAGUAUGCUAGGUUAGUCACAAUGCCUGCUACAGCUAAGACCGAGUAUGUGAUCAAACUGUUCAAAGAGAAUCGGGUCAGAGACUUUGGACUUCCAAAGUCUAUUGUGAGUGACCAGGAUGUCCGAUUCACCAGUGAGUUGUGGAAGGCUGCAGCUGCAGAACAGGGAACACAACUGCAGAUGACUUCUGGGAACCACCCAGAGGCAAAUGGGCAAGCAGAGCAGCUGAAUCGCGCUGUACAGCACCUGCUAAGGCACUAUACCAAGCCCAAUCAGGUGGACUGGGAUGAGAAACUUGCUCUCAUCGCCAGCCUGUAUAACAACGCCGUGCACAGUGCAACAGGGGUGAGCCCCAACAGUCUGCUACUGACUUUCAAACCUAGACUACCCUUAGAUUUUCUACAACCUGAGAAUCAGCCUUCCGCUGCACCAGGCACUUUAGAUUUCACUUAUCGAUAUGAGCGUCUGAUGCAGCAAGCUGUAGAACAAAUGCACAAGGCACAGGCGGCGAUGAUAGAAUCUGAGAACAAACACCGCCGCCCAUCUACAUUUCAGGUAGGGGACAGAGUCUGGGUCAAGUCCUCAGAACUGGGACAGGAGCAUGGGAUCUCCCGCAAGCUCAUGCCACAGUACUUUGGACCAUGGGAGGUUCUCGAUGUUGUCGGGGAUGAUCCUGAUGGGCCGUCACAUGUAAUUAGGAUCCCUGGUCACCUACGCACUUACCCUGUUUUACACGCCUCCAAGCUCGCACCUUUCAAGGAAACCGAACAGUUUCCUUCUCGUCGCUUAAUGCUGCCCCCAACCAUGGAUGGAGAGGUUGACAUUGACGACAUCAUUGACCACGGGGAAAUGCCCGUUCCAAGACCAACAGGCAGGGGACGUCCUCCGAAGCCGAAGCGGCAAUAUCGCGCUCGGUUCAGACUACAUACUGAUCCAAAGGAGGAUCAAUGGUUUACAAGGGACGAACUGAUGCAGACCGCUCCACAGGCUGUCGCCCACUACGAGAAGCUGCUGCAGAAAGGAAAGCGCCAGAUUGAAUGAACUUCUCAGAGGACUAGUGAAGUGUGGAGGAGGGAAUGCGAGGCACAAUGCCUC